AUGAUGGAAUUUCUAGUUGAAAACGUCUUCAUCAAGUUUGGUGACAACAAACAACAGGAACACCUUAACCAACAUCCAGACAACAAACAACAGGAACACCUUAACCAACAUCCAGACAACAAACAACAUUCAGACAGCAAACAACAGGAACACCUUAACCAACAUCCAGACAACAAACAACAUUCAGACAGCAAACAACAGGAACACCUUAACAAACAACAGGAACACCUUAACCAACUUCCAGACAACAAACAACAGGAACGCCUUAACCAACAUCCAGACAACAAACAACAGAAAUGCCUUAACCAACAUCCAGACAACAAACAACAGGAACGCCUUAACCAACAUCCAGACAACAAACAACAGGGAGACAACAAACAACAGGAAGGUCUUAACCAACAUCCAGACAACAAACAACAGGAAGGUCUUAACCAACAUCCAGACAACAAACAACAGGAAGGUCUUAACCAACAUCCAGACAACAAACAACAGGAACACCUUAACCAACAUCCAGACAACAAACAACAGGAAGGUCUUAACCAACAUCCAGACAACAAACAACAGGAACACCUUAACCAACAUCCAGACAACAAACAACAGGAAGGUCUUAACCAACAUCCAGACAACAAACAACAGGAACACCUUAACCAACAUCCAGACAACAAACAACAGGAACACCUUAACCAACAUCCAGACAACAAACAACAGGAACACCUUAACCAACAUCCAGACAACAAACAACAGGAAGGUCUUAACCAACAUCCAGACAACAAACAACAGGAACACCUUAACCAACAUCCAGACAACAAACAACAGGAAGGUCUUAACCAACAUCCAGACAACAAACAACAGGAACACCUUAACCAACAUCCAGACAACAAACAACCGGAACACCUUAACCAAUAUCCAGACAACAAACAACAGGAACACCUUAACCAACAUCAACUUAACAUCAACAGGAAGUAA